AUGGAUCUCCCACCAAGCUUCCACAGCAAGGGGGGGCUGGUAUGCAAGCUUACUAAGUCCUUGUAUGGACUAAAACAAGCUUCAAGGCAAUGGUUUGCCAAGUUUUCCACUGCAUUAGUUCUUCUUGGAUUUACACAGUCCAAGGCUGACUACUCUCUUUUCAUUAAGAAGAACUCUACUUCUUUCAUUGCCCUAUUGGUUUACGUUGAUGAUAUAUUGAUUGCUAGUGACAACAAGCAAGCAGUUGAUGAGUUGAAGAUUCUAUUAGAUCAAAAAUUCAAGCUAAAAGAUUUGGGUGAUUUGAAAUUUUUCUUAGGCCUUGAAGUUGCAAGGACUACUGAUGUUAUCAAUUUAUGCCAAAGAAAAUAUACACUUGAAGUGUUGGGUGAUGCUGGUAUGUUAGGAUGUAAACCAGCCAAAGUGCCUAUGGAUCAGAAUCUCAAGCUUAGUAAGUAUGAGGGAAAGGAGUUGCAAGAUCCAAGCUCUUAUAGAAGAUUGAUAGGAAGGUUACUAUACUUAACAAUAACCAGGCCUAACAUAACCUUUGCUGUAAAUAGACUCAGUCAGUUCAUGGCACAUCCUAGAGAACCCCAUCUGCUAACAGCUCAUAAGGUCUUGCAAUAUCUAAAGAGUUCACCAGGGAAAGGCUUGUUUUUCUCAAGCAAAUCAGAAUUGCACUUGAAGGCCUUUGCUGAUGCAGACUGGGCUUCAUGCCCUGACACUAGGAGAUCUGUCACUGGUUUUUGUGUCUUUCUUGGUGAGUCUUUUAUUUCAUGGAAGUCAAAGAAGCAACAAACAGUUUCACGGUCUUCAACAGAGUCUGAGUAUAGAUCAAUGGCAGUAGCAGUCUGUGAGAUCAUUUAG